UUCCCCUACCCUUCUUCUCAAUCGGCAACUCACAGUCCGACGCAGCAAGAAUAUACCCGUUAGUGUCUGCACGCUUGACAGGCUCACUCUCUCCCUCAUCUCCUAUGUUCCUCCAUAUCUCAACUCCAUUCAAUUUAAUUCUUUUCCAUCUUAGAAAAAAGCUUAAAAAAAUAAAAAAGUGGACGGAGCCAGAGCCAAAGCCCCUUCGGUUCUUUUACAAACUGAUGAAACAAACAGCCGCACUCCCACCUUGAAUAUUCUACAUUUGCAGCGAGCUGGACAAACACAAAAACAUAUUAUAUAGUAGAACGGAGCCAAAGCCUCCCCGGUUACUGAGCAAACAAUUACACCAAAACGCCCCCACAGCAGUCACAUCCUCGUCAAACAAUAUUUGCUCGCAUUUUUUUUCUUUGUUAUCUAUACAUGGUUGGGCCUACUUCUUGUGAUCAAUAGAAGAUUUUCUGACUCAAUGGUGGAGGGAUUCUUUUGAUUUAGUUGUUUCCAACUCAACCUUAUGUCUCACUACUCUUGUCAAUAACAUUCAUGUAGAACAGUGCACGCACCCGAUGCCCUCAUUGUCAACGUUUUCAGCUUUCUUGUGAAGGAAGGCCCCGUUUCUCCUCUAAUAGUUGGAUUUCUUCAAGCCCUCUGGUGCUUGCCCAUUUGGGUUAUCUCCGCUUCUUUCUCAAAUUUUGAUGGAACGAAUGGGUUUUUGCUGAUUCUGAAAUGGCUUUGAUGGAUGUUGAAACUCGUACAAAUCCCAUUAAGAAGGAGUCAUGGCGGGCAGUGUUGACUUUGGCUUAUCAGAGUUUAGGUGUAGUAUAUGGCGAUUUAAGCACUUCGCCUUUGUACGUGUACAAGAGCACUUUUGCAGAGGACAUUCAUCAUUCAGAAACUAACGAGGAGAUCUAUGGGGUGUUAUCUUUCAUAUUCUGGACUUUGACUCUUAUUCCACUGCUUAAGUACGUCUUUAUAGUCCUUCGAGCGGAUGAUAACGGUGAAGGAGGGACCUUUGCUCUGUAUUCUCUGCUCUGCCGCCACGCCCGGGUGAGCACCUUGCCAAAUGGCCAGGUUGCUGAUGAGGAGUUAUAUGAGUAUAAAAAAGACGAGAUCGUGUCUGCUGAUAAGGGUUUCGGAUUGAGAUUGAGAUCAACAUUAGAGAAACACAAAUUUUUGCAGAGGAUAUUGCUUGUCUUGGCCCUGAUUGGGACUUGUAUGGUCAUUGGGGAUGGAGUGCUGACACCGGCGAUUUCAGUCUUUUCUGCAGUUUCUGGUCUGGAGCUUUCCAUGGCAAAGCCGCAUCACCAAUAUGUAGAAGUUCCAGUUGCUUGCGUCAUAUUGCUGAUUUUAUUUUAUCUCCAACAUUAUGGUACCCACCGGAUAGGAUUCCUCUUUGCUCCAAUCGUAAUCACAUGGCUUUUCUGCAUCAGUGCCAUUGGCCUGUACAAUAUUUUUCACUGGAAUCCUCAUGUUUAUCGAGCAGUCUCUCCUUAUUACAUGUACAAAUUCUUGAAGAAGACCCGAAAAGGAGGUUGGAUGUCCUUGGGUGGGAUUUUGCUAUGCAUGACAGGUUCAGAGGCCAUGUAUGCUGAUCUUGGUCACUUCUCUCAGCUGUCUAUAAAGAUAGCUUUCACUUGUGUGGUGUACCCUGCCCUGAUCCUUGCAUAUAUGGGACAAGCUGCGUAUCUUUCUAAGCAUCACUUGAUUGAAAAUGAUUAUCGCAUUGGAUUCUAUGUAUCGGUACCUGAAAAGAUAAGAUUGCCAGUUCUUGUUAUUGCAAUUCUAGCUGCUGUAGUUGGAAGCCAGGCCGUCAUUACCGGAACCUUUUCUAUCAUCAAACAAUGCUCUGCUUUGGGUUGCUUUCCAAGGGUCAAAAUAAUACAUACAUCAUCUGAAGUACAUGGGCAGAUUUACAUUCCAGAGAUCAACUGGACUUUGAUGUUGCUAUGCUUGGCUGUUACUGUUGGUUUUAGAGACACAAAACACAUAAGCAAUGCAUCAGGUCUGGCAGUCAUUACUGUAAUGCUGGUGACAACCUGCCUAAUGUCUCUCGUUAUAGUCCUAUGCUGGCGCAGAAGCGGCUUUCUAGCUAUUUGUUUUAUAUUCUUCUUUGGUUCCAUCGAAGCGCUCUACUUCUCAGCUUCUCUUAUCAAAUUCCUCGACGGGGCUUGGGUCCCAAUUGCUCUGUCAUUCAUCUUCCUAAUGAUCAUGUACAUAUGGAACUAUGGCACGCGGAAGAAAUACGAGUUUGAUGUCCAGAACAAAGUAUCAAUUCAAUGGCUCCUCGGUUUAGGUGACAACCUCGGAAUUGCGCGUGUGCGGGGCAUUGGUCUGAUACAUACGGAGCUUGUAUCCGGAGUUCCUUCCAUUUUCUCUCAUUUCGUCACUAAUCUCCCAGCUUUUCACCAGGUGGUCAUCUUCCUUUGCAUAAAAUCUGUGCCAGUGCCGCAUGUAAGGCCCGAAGAGAGGUUUCUGGUGGGAAGAGUUGGACCAAAAGGAUACCGACUCUACCGAUGCAUAGCUCGGUAUGGUUAUCGCGAUGUUCACAUGGAUGAUGUUGAGUUUGAGAAGGAUCUUGCGUGCAGCAUAGCUGAAUUUAUUCGGUCAGAAGGGCUCGAAAACAAUAAUGUAAAAAUAGAAGAUGAUUUUGAGGAUGACGAGAGGAUGACAGUUAUCGGGACUACAUCGACUCACACGAAUGGUAUAAAAUUAUGGGAAAGUAACGGAGGAGACUCAUCUGAUGAUACCAUGGCCAGCGUUGCAGAGUCGAGGGAGAUCAUCAGCUCACCCAGGGUUCCGAACAAGAAAGUAAGGUUUCUGGUGCCCAAGAACCCGGAAAUGGAUACGAGUGCAGUGGUGGAGCUGCAAGAACUGAUGGAAGCCAGGGAGGCAGGGCUGGCAUUUAUACUAGGUCACUGUUAUGUGAGGGCAAAGAGCGGUUCGAGUUUUAUGAAGAGGGUCGCCAUAGAUGUGGGCUAUGAUUUCUUGAGGAGGAACUCUCGGGGACCAUCCUAUGCAUUGAGUUUUCCUCGCGCAUCGACUUUGGAGGUUGCGAUGGUUUACCAUGUGUGAAUGCUAUAGCCUAUAGCUAGCAAGCAUAUGGUGAUGUCUCCUCCGUUCUGUUCCUUGUUUGAAAUUUUUUUGCAGUAAAUGACGGUAGUACUAGGAACAGAACACCAUAUAUAUAUAUAUUAAUACUUCUUCUGUCUGA